AUGGCGCAGACUCGCGGCGCAACCGGCAACUCCAAGCCACGCAUCUUUGCCCCCAUCUCCACCGAACCAGUUACCAAGCGAAAGACCACCACCAAGAAGCGCACCACCGCUGGCACUGGCACUGGCGGCACUACUACCACCACCACUACCAACAAGCGCAAAGGCCCCGCUGCCGGCAACACCGGUCGAGUCACCAAAAAGGAAAAGCGCGCCCCGGCCACGCAUCACAAGAGAAAGCCAACGGUCGCGGACAAAAUCGAGGGUGCUGUCGAGAAAGUUGUCGGCACUGUCGAGAAUAAACCGGGCAAAAAGGCGGCUGGGACAAAGAAGAUGCGAGGCACUGAUGGCAAGAACAACAAGACAGCAGCGGCCAGUGCGGUUGCCGUCUAA